CAGAAGCGAAUUGGAGUUUGUAUUGGAGGGAAAUGUUCUCGUACCCGUCAAGAAACCAAGUCAAUAGUAGACGGAACAGAAAGAGUUCACAUUAACAGUCUUAGAUAGCAUAAUAACUCAAACACGAGAUUGGAGUUGAACGGUGAGGUGGGAGUGUACAGUUAUGGAGCUUAUUAAAGAAGAAGCUGCACUGGAGGAUGACAGCAGAGGGCAGCAGAGGGAUGGUCUGACAAGUGUCGUCUCCUCGAAACAAGUGCAAAGAAACCAGCUGGAGAUCUGUCCGAGUUUGGUGUCUGGAGAUGCACGUCCUAUGUGCCGCGGCCGGGAUAGGAGUGAUCCGGAGCCCGAGGCUGGUGACGCAGCAAGUGACGACGGCUUUCCUGCGGACGAAACAAAUAAGAGUGACUCUGGUUGCACGGCAGUAAACACCGAGGGGCUGUCAGAUGGCCGCCAGGGCAAGAAGAAACACCGGCGGCGACCCUCCAAGAAGAAGCGCCGCUGGAAGCCUUACUUCAAAUUAACCUGGGAGGAGAAAAAAGAGCUAGAUGAACGCGAGACCGCCCGUGCAUCGCGGGUGCGCGCUGAGAUGUUCGCCAAAGGUCUGCCCGUUGCCCCAUACAACACCACCCAGUUCCUGAUGGAGGAGCACGACCGUGAAGAACCUGACCUCAACACGGAGCUUGGCGGCAGAAAAUCCGGGGCGAUCCGCUCCGAUGACACAGCCAGCGAAGAUGAGAAUUUCGAGGGCGAAGAUGAAGACGAGGAAGAGGGCGGCGGCGGCGGAGGCAGCGACGGUAUGGGCAGACCCGGGCACGCAGGCGGAGAGUUUUUGCAGAGAGACUUUUCUGAGACCUAUGAGCGGUACCACGUCGAGACUCUCCAAAAUAUGUCUAAACAAGAACUGGUUAGGGAAUACCUGGAGCUGGAGAAGUGUAUGUCACGGUUAGAGGAGGAGAACAACUGGCUUCGCCACGUCCGGAGAAACCCCGAGUCCCCAGCAGACGGCACCGGCGUUCAGCGCGUGCGGGAACUGGAGAUUGAGGUGGAGAGACUGAGAGCCGAGAAUAACGAGUUGUUACUCAAAACCCCUAAAAGUAAAGGGCCAGGACUCAACCAGUCGCAGUCGUGCUGAAUCAAUGUUUUAUUUCUGUUGUACGUCAAAUCGUUGCACUGUCUUAUUGUAAACAGCAUCUCUGUGGUAGCUAAUGACGUUACCUUCUCAGCCUUUGCCAUCUGAAGGUUUUUUUUUGUUUGUUGUUGUUUGUUUUUUUUUUGACGGAUAAUUUUAUUAAUCUUCUAUGCGGUCCCACAUAUUUGGUCAGUUCACACAAUAAUAUACGUUCGUGAUUUGUACAAUUUAAAUUGAUAAAACAAAUAGCCUACAAUGUUAUGUAAAAAAUUAAAGAACGAUCAGAGACUACUCUUAAGUUUCCUUGAGUAUUUGCCAUAACCUCACAAAUUACAUCUCCGCUAAUUUCAGUUUUGUCAAUUUACCAUAAUCACUGAAUAUUUAAACUUGCAUUUCAUUUAAAAACCGCAAACAUGGAGCGCUUCAGAUUCAUAUUUGUUGGCGCACAUCCUUCAGUGUGUUAAUGCAUGACAAGACAGUAUGUUGUAAACCGUGGAAAACCGUUAAUGGUGUUUUGCUCAAAUAUAUCGUUGAUUAAAUUAUUUCAUAUUUUAGUUCUAAUUUCAUGUCUUUAUGUUGCCUGUUAUAUUCUCUGUCUUUGCAUUAUAAAUAUCCAAAACCUAA